AUACCCCUCUUCAGCCAGACAAAGAUGCCCUUCAAAGGGUUUGGCACUCUGAAGGAGACUUUCUUCCAACCAGUCAAAGAGGAAACUAAACACAGCGUGGGAGACACUCUGGGGCAUAUUCAAAGAGCUGUGGAUGGCACGAAUGUGGAGAAAGAGGAAGACAUUGAGUUGAAUGAAGAUGGCCAGCCGGUGAAGAGGGUGGUCCUGAAGCAGCCAUUGUGUGACUGCUACUGCUUCGGAAUGCCCAAGCGAUAUAUCAUUGCCAUCAUGAGUGGACUCGGAUUCUGCAUCUCCUUCGGCAUCCGGUGCAACCUGGGCGUGGCAAUCGUGGAGAUGGUCAACAACAACACGGUCUACGUGAACGGCAAGGCCAAGAUUGAGAAACCUCAAUUCAACUGGAAUCCUGAGACGGUUGGGCUAAUUCACGGCUCCUUUUUCUGGGGUUAUAUUGUGACUCAAAUCCCAGGGGGCUUUAUCUCUAAUAAGUUUGCUGCAAACAGAGUUUUCGGAGCUGCGAUCUUCCUGACGUCCACGUUGAACAUGCUCAUUCCGUCCGCAGCAAGAAUACACUUUGGCUGUGUCCUGUUUGUGAGGAUACUCCAGGGUCUCGUGGAGGGAGUCACCUACCCAGCAUGUCACGGGCUUUGGAGCAUGUGGGCCCCACCACUUGAACGGAGUCGAUUGGCUACGACGUCAUUCUGUGGUUCCUACGCUGGGGCUGUUGUGGCAAUGCCACUGGCAGGGUUGUUGGUCCAGUACAAAGGCUGGCCUUCAGUCUUUUAUGUCUAUGGAAUGUUUGGAAUGAUAUGGUACAUAUUCUGGCUGCUGUUUGCCUAUGAGAGUCCUGCAAAGCACCCGACAAUAACGAAUGAGGAGAGAACGUACAUCGAGACCAGUAUUGGGGAAAGGUCCAGUCUAAUCAACGCAGCACAGAAAUUCAGGACCCCCUGGUUAAAGUUCUUCACUUCCAUGCCCGUUUACGCCAUUGUUGUGGCCAAUUUCUGCAGGAGCUGGACCUUCUACCUGCUGCUCAUCAGCCAGCCUGCCUACUUUGAGGAGGUAUUUGGUUUCCCGAUCAGCAAGGUGGGUAUACUAUCGGCUGUGCCUCAUAUGGUGAUGACCAUCGUUGUCCCAAUCGGUGGACAAAUCGCCGAUUUCCUGAGGAGCAGAAAUAUUCUCUCCACCACAACCGUCCGGAAGAUCAUGAACUGUGGAGGAUUUGGUAUGGAGGCUACCUUACUGCUGGUUGUUGGUUACUCCCACACCAGAGAAGUUGCCAUCUCUUUCCUGGUGCUUGCUGUUGGAUUUAGUGGAUUCGCAAUUUCUGGGUUCAACGUGAAUCACUUGGACAUUGCCCCUCGUUAUGCUAGUAUCCUGAUGGGGAUAUCCAAUGGUGUGGGAACACUGUCGGGAAUGAUUUGCCCACUAAUCGUUGGAGCAAUGACAUCGCACAAGACCCGGGAGGAGUGGCAGCACGUCUUUGUGAUCGCCUCAGUGGUCCAUUACAGCGGCGUCAUAUUCUACGGCAUCUUUGCCUCUGGGGAGAAGCAGGACUGGGCAGAUCCUGACCAGGGCAGUGAAGACAAGUGUGGAAUCAUUGGUCACGAUGAGCUGGCAGAGGAGACUGAACUCAGUGAAGACAACCACAUCAGUCCAAAGAAAAAAAUGUCCUAUGGUGCUACCAGGCAAAUCAAUGGAGCACGGAAAGAGAGCUGGAGAAUGAGGAGGGGAAAGGCACAUGAGGAACUGGUAGAUGAUCAAAACAGUUAUCAUUGUGAGAAUGGGAACUAUCGAGAUACAUCUCAGUGAGUUCAUGUGGUCUGGACUAAAUGCUGUGACUGAAAUAUCAAGGUUCAAGGCGCAGUCUGUUUUAUUGGCUUAUAAAUGUUAUAUUUAACCACUUCAUAAAAGUUGUUGGCUUUUUUUAAGAUUGCCUGGUAGAAAUGGCCUUCAUUCAAAUUAUAUGAUUGGUUAUUGGUAACUAUAAACAUUGUAAAAUAAAUUGGCCUUGGAAGAAAGUUAUAUUACAUCGACUAUGCAGAGAGAAACGGGCCGUUCAGCCCAAAUGCUUCCUGCUGGUGUUUAUGACCCAUGUGAUUCUCAUCCCACACCCCAACUGCAGUAACCCAAUCUUCAUUUGUUUAUCCAGCCUCUCCAUCAAUGCAAUUCUGCUGUUCGCCUCACACUGUCCCUGUGGGAGUAAGUUCCAUAUUCUCACCACUCACUGCGUAAACGUUUCUCCUAAAUUUCCUACUGGAUUUACAGGAUUAGUUGUUGAGUCUUGAUUCUCCCUCGCCCCACCCCACCACUCCCGAUGAGUGGGAAUGUGUAUUUUCUCCAACUUAUCAAGGGCACUUCAUGGUGUGAGUGACCUUGAGGAGGUCACCCCCCCCCCCCGCCAUCCCUCUGCCCCUCUGCCCCUCAUUGUCUGAUGACCCAGACAGGUGAAUAAAACAGAUGAACCUUGCCCAUGUUGGAACCUGUAUCCAGCAAUGAAGGAAGUGUAGCACAAAUGGGAAUCUUCAGUCAUUACUUCAUUUCAGGAAUGCAUUCUAUAAAGUUGAUAGCACGUUAAGUCAUGCCAGAGUUUGUAUUCAGAUUCAGAUUACAGUGCCCCUGGUCUCUGUAAACCCCAUGCAUUCCAUUAAUAAUGUUAAAUGGAUUGAAUUUUUGAUGUGAGCAACUAUGGAUUUAUUGAUCUUGGUGUGAUUAUAAAAAUAAAGAAGCAACAUUUCAUCA